AUGUCCCUCCCCGGCCCCGGCCCUUGCCCCUCCUACCCCCGCACCUCCCACACCCCCGCCCCCGCCUCUGCUCAAGUCGCCCUCGCCGUCGUCCUCGUUCUCGCCGUCGUUCUCGCCCUCGCCCUCGCCCUCGCCGUCGUCCUCGCCACCUUCCUCCCCGUCUCCGCCGCGUCCGCUCCCGGCGCCUCCUCGCCCUGCGCGAGGAACCAGUCGCGCGGAUCAGAAGCCCCCCCCAUCACACCCGUCCCCGGUCUAGACCCUUCUCUCCGUUAUCUCACUCGCCCCUCGGCUACCCGAUUGCUCCCCCGUUGA